AUGCCUGGCACUCCCAUCCCCACUCCCCCCGCUGUUCCAUUCCUCGGUCAUGUCAACACCAUCGACAAGGACCUGCCCAUACGCUCGCUCGAUCUCCUCGCGCGGCAGUACGGAGAGAUCUACCAGCUCAACGUUCUGGGUGAUAAGAGGAUCUUUGUGAACUCUUACGCGCUCCAGAACGAAACCUCCGACGAGAAACGUUUCGCGAAGAAGAUCUCGGCGAACCUAAACCAGGUCCGCAACGCCGCCGGCGAUGGUCUCUUUACCGCCCGCGUCCCGGAGGAGCAGAACUGGUACAUCGCCCACCGCCUCUUGAUGCCCUGCUUCAGCGCAGCGAACGUGUACGGCAUGACGGACGACAUGAUGGAUAUCAUCUCUCAGCUGACCCUGAAAUGGGAACGAUUCGGGUCGAAGGAUGUCAUUGACCCUGCUUCGGACUUCACACGGCUGACGCUGGAUGCGAUCUCGCUGUGUGCGAUGUCGUUCCGCCUGAACUCGUUCUAUCGGGAGGAUCUGCACCCCUUCGCCCACGCGAUGGGUGACUUCCUGAUCGAGAGCGGGAAGCGUGCCAACCGCCCGACCAUUGUUCAGAGCAUGAUGUCAAGCACGAACGCGAAGUACGAAGAGGACCAGAGAAUCCUGGGACAGCUCGUCAAUGAAAUUCUGGAAGAACAUCGUGCCCACCCUCCGGCGAAGCAGGACAUCCUGAGUGUCAUGCUGAACGGCCGGGACAAGGAGACCGGGCUCGGUCUCUCCGACGAGAACAUAAAGAAUAACCUCCUGACCUUCCUCAUCGCUGGCCACGAGACGACCUCAGGCAUGCUCACCUUCACUGUAUACUACCUGCUCAAGAACCCCGCAACGAUGCGGAAACUCCGCGAGGAGAUCGACACCCUGAUCGGCGACCGGCCCAUGGCGUCCAAGGACGUCAACAAGCUGCCCUAUCUCCUCGCGGUCCUGCGCGAAAGUCUGCGCCUAGGGCCGACCGCACCUGCGCGCUCCGUGGCUCCGCACGAGGACACGACGAUCGGCAGCAAGUACUUCGUGGAGAAGGGCACCUCGAUCGUCAUCAACACCUACAACGCCCAUAGGGACACUGCCGUGUGGGGCGAGGACGCCGAGGUGUUCAGACCGGAGCGGAUGCUCGACGGCAAAUUUGAGGCUCUUCCUCCUAACGCAUGGCAACCGUUCGGGUUCGGCACUCGCGGCUGCAUCGGUCGCCCAUUCGCGUGGCAAGAGGCACAGCUCGCACUCGUCACCAUCCUGCAGCGCUUCGACCUCGUCAUGCACGACCCGACGUAUGAGCUCGCGCUGAAGCAGACGCUCACCAUCAAGCCGCACAACUUCUUCAUCCACGCGCUCCCGCGCAAGGACCGCGCACGCGUCUUCGCGCUCCCUUCCGCGGGGCUCCGCAGCGAGCGCACCGCGCAGGGGAGUGCGCAGGUCGGGCCGAGCGCGACGGUGUCCGCAGAUGCGGCGAAGCUGCAGCCGCUGUAUGUGCUGUACGGCUCGAACACGGGCAACUCGGAGUCGUUCGCGCAGCGGCUUGCGUCGGAUGCUCCCGCUCAUGGCUUCCGCGCAUCGAUCGGGACGUUGGAUUCUGCAUCCGAGCAUCUGCCCAAGGACGGUCCGCUCGUCAUCGUCACCGCGUCCUUCGAAGGCCAGCCCGCGGACAACGCCGCGCACUUCUUCGAGUGGCUGACGAACACCGAGGGUGCGGACGCGCUCGCGGGGAUCAAGUACGCCAUCUUCGGCUGCGGCAACCGCGACUGGGUGAAGACGUACCAGCGUGUCCCGACGCUCAUCGACGAGACGUUCGCGGCGCGUGGCGCGACGCGCUUGGUGGAGCGUGGGGAGGGUGAUGCUGGUGGCGCGGAGUUCUUCGAGGCGUUCGAUACUUGGGAGGAUGCCCUGUGGAAGAAGCUCAGCGCGACGUACGCUACGACGGGUAACGCCGAGGCCGCUGCAUUGGGCCUCAAGGUCGUUUCGCCUGGCACAGCGCGCGCGUCGGUCCUGCGCCAGCCCGACACUGCGCUCGGAACGGUUGUGCAGAACAAGCUUUUGACCUCGCCUAAUGCGCCUCCAAAGCGUCACCUGGAGUUCUCUUUGCCCGAGGGCACGACUUACCGGGCCGGGGACUACCUCGCCAUUCUUCCUGUCAACCCCGAGCGCAUCGUACGCAGAGCUCUCGCGCGCUUUGGGAUGUCGGCGGAGCAAGAGAUCGAGCUGUCGACAGGUGGCCCUACCUCGCUCCCCGUCAACAAGCCGGUUACCGUGUCUUCCGUACUCAGUGGCUACGUCGAGCUGUCUCAGCCGGCUACCACGCGCGACCUUGACAUUCUGCUCAAGACCAAGAACUCGGAGUCCUCGCUGAAGGCCCUCCAGGAGCUUUCUAGCAACUACGCCGAAAACGUAUUCAAGAAGCGCCUGAGCGUCCUCGACAUCCUGGAGGAACACCCGGACAUCGACCUCCCCCUGUCCGCCUUCCUGCAAAUGCUUCCCUCCAUGCGCAUCCGGCAGUACUCCAUCUCGUCCUCUCCGCUCUGGAACGCGCAGCACGUGACGCUCACCAUCAGUGUGCUCGAUGCACCUGCGCUUUCCGGGCGCACCGAGCCGUUCCUCGGCGUCGCGUCGACGUACCUGGCGGGCCUGCGCGCGGGCGACCGCGUGCAGCUCUCCGUGCGCGCGUCGAACGCGGCAUUCCACCCGCCCAACGACCUCGACGUCCCACUCGUGAUGAUGUGCGCGGGCAGCGGGCUCGCGCCGAUGCGCGGCUUCCUGCAGGAGCGCGCGAUGCAGAAGCAGGCCGGGCGUGCGGUGGGAAAGAGCCUGCUGUUCUUCGGGUGCCGUAACCCGCGCGAGGACUUCUUGUACGGUGAUGCGGAGCUGAAGCAGUGGAGCGACCUGGGUGUUGUCGACGUCCGCCCUGCGUUCUCGCGCUCGACUGCGGACUCCGAAGGGUGCCGAUACGUGCAAGACCGUGUCCUCUUCAACAAGGCUGAGGUUGUCGGUGCUUUCCUGAAGGGCGGCAAGUUCUUCGUUUGCGGCUCGAGCAAGGUUGCCAGCGGCGUGAAGCGGGUGCUCGUCGAGAUCAUCAAGGAGACCAGGCACCUCGACGACGAGGCGGCUCUGGUGGCUUUCGACGAGAUCAUGAACGGCCGCUACGCCACGGACAUCUUCGAGUAGUUGCUGUCGUCUUCACAUCAUAGAAGGGCUCGUAGUGUUCCUGGGCUGCCUUCAUCGGAGCUGUACUAUAUGCGAUUGUGGACCAUCAUAGACUUGUAUACGUUCAUGGAUUUCUGCGCUUCCUCCGAAUCAAUGCGAUUGCAAACAUGUUACC